GUGGACCUGAGGCACAUCAACCAGACAGAGGGCUCGGACACCAUCAACGUGGGGAUCGACCUGCAGGACUACUACCUGUCGGUGGAGUGGGACAUCAUGAAGGUGCCCGCCGUCCGGAACGAGAAGUUCUACUCGUGCUGCGAGGAGCCCUACCCGGACAUCAUCUUCAACAUUACGUUGAGACGGAAGACGCUCUUCUACACCAUCAACCUCAUCAUUCCGUGCGUCGGCAUCUCAUUCCUGUCGGUGCUCGUCUUCUACCUGCCGUCCGAUUCGGGCGAGAAGGUGUCGCUGUGUAUCUCCAUCCUGCUCUCACUGACUGUGUUCUUCCUGCUGCUUGCCGAGAUUAUCCCGCCCACCUCACUGACUGUCCCGCUCCUCGGCAAGUACCUGCUCUUUACCAUGGUGCUCGUCACGCUCUCCGUCGUCGUCACCAUCAUCGUGCUCAACGUCAACUUCCGGUCGCCCGUCACGCAUCGGAUGAAGCCUUGGGUGCAGAGAUUUUUUAUAAACACUUUACCUAGGGUAUUAUGCAUUCAGAGGCCAAAGAAAGAAGACUCCGGUGACGAGGAUGAGACGGACGUGGCGCUCACCUCGCUAGACGUCCCCUCGGAGAUGGACAAGUACGUCAGCUACGGGGGGAAGAGACUUAGCGCAGACUUUGAAAUUGGCGUUUUACCGCCGUCAAUACAGCCGUCUUCGAGGUUCGACAUGGACCUCCACGCGGCGUUGCCGCCGCUGCCGCUGCCGCCGCCGCCGCUGCCCGGCCCCGAGGACGACCUCUUCAGCGCGGGCUGCGGCGGCACCAUCUGCGGCGGCGUCUGCGGACUGCCCGGGGACGUGAGCCCGGCCUUCCGGGACAUGGACAAGACCAUCGAGGACGCGAGGUUUAUCGCUCAGCACGUCAAGAACAAGGACAAGUUCGAGAAUGUGAUGGACGACUGGAAGUACGUGGCCAUGGUCCUGGACCGGUUAUUCCUGUGGAUCUUCGCGGCGGCCUGCAUAGGCGGCACCUGCCUCAUCAUCCUACAGGCGCCGGCCCUGUACGACUACACGGAUCCCAUCGACCUCAAGUACUCCAAGGUGGCCAAGAAGAACAUGCUCAUCAUGUCCAUGAUGGAGGAGGAGUGAGACUGACUGCCAAGCGCCGCGGCGAGCACGCAGGGCCACCCCGGGCCCCGGGCCACCCCCGCCAGGUGCCUCACUGCCAGCGCCCUGUCUGCCUCCGCCCGGACUCUUUUUUACCCCGCC